CCUCCAUCUCUGCCACACCCAUUUACCAACGACAACUACAGCUCUGGUUUCCCGCCGUUGUCGGAUGAGGGGCUCUUCGACGGCGAUGGGGAAACGAAAGUUGCACUGGUCGUCGGUGCAUGGGGUGGCGCCGCCGGAGAUGGAGGCGGUGCCGAAGACCACAGCGUCGGUGGUGGAGUGUGCUUGCACGACCCAGACGGCAGCUUCGUUGGUGCCUUGAGAGGGUCUGGGUGGGGGAGGUUUGCACUUUUGAAAAUCGAGCGUUGAAGUUGAAGCUCUGACCCUACGCCGGUGGAACCCAACCGGAACCCUCCUUAGUCUGCCGCCGGCCCGAUCAAACCUACCGCCGCCACCACACGCGCCUCUGAUCUCUUCUUCAUCUCUUCUCUCUCGCUGUUUCCCGAUUCUUCUCCCUUCCGAAAUGGUGAAAGCUUUGCCCCUUCACCUCGGAACCGCGAAAUCUUUUGCCAAAUUCCACGCCCCCUUUGAUCUUUCCACGCCUCCCCAUCUUCCGGCCGGGAGGCUCGCCGGCUCCGGUUUCAACAGGCUUCCUUUGCCCACAAGGUUUCCUCCGCUUUCCCAGAAAGUUUCUGCCACUGGGGAGAAGACUUCGCUCCUCGGGGCUUGGACCCAGGAGAGUCCCUUGCAGUUUCGAGAUGAAUCCCCUGUGUCCAUCGAGCUCAAGUCCAUUUCUAGCGAACAUGAAUUUGACCAGGCAAUUUUAGAUGCAGCGGAACGCGACGAGCUCGUGAUUCUUGUAUGGAUGGCUGACUGGUGCAGAAAUUAUAUUUAUUUAAAACCCCAAUUGGAAAGAUUGGCUGCAGAUUAUUACCCCAGAUUGCAAUUCUACUGCAUUGAUGUCAAUACGGUGCCACACAAGCUAGUUGUUCGUGCCGGGUUAGCUAAGAUGCCAGCUAUACAGCUAUGGAAGGAUGGUAAGAAGCAAGAUGAGGUGAUUGGUCUCUACAAAGCAUAUUUAGUCGCCAACGAUGUUCAGAAAAUGAUCGAAUGUGAGCUAACAGGCGAGUAACUUUCAACUGGUACCCCCGUUCCACUUAGUGGUAUAAAAAUUAAUUUGACAGCAUCUCAUCGAAAUUCCUUAUUGCUUGUAUUCAUCAACAUAAAGAACAAGACCUGCCUAGACCUCUUACCGAGUCUUUUUCCUUGGAAAGAGAUCGUUUCUUUGUUGUCAUGGGGUGGAUAAUCUAACACGUACGUCCAAUUCUUGUCACAUUCUGAGAAGUCUUGUUUGUAACGUACCAGCGUUUUAUAUACCAUUCCUUUUCAUUAUAUCUGAUAUGCAGAAUCCCCUGUUUUUUGUUGUUACGUUAAUUUAAUUGAUCAAGGAUUCUAUUGAA